AUGCUAGAAUCAAGCAACGUGCCUGAGAAGGAACUUUCAGAAGAAUCAUGUGAACUGGAAGCUGCAGCAGUCCUCCCUGCAUCCUGCCUCCAACAUCUGGACAGCAGCAACUGGAAAGAGCGGAUAUCCUGCCUGGAGAGCUUUGAGAGGGCUGUGGAAGAGAUGGAGAAAAAUCAGAUGCCCUGCCAGGCUCUGGUGCGGUUGCUGGACAAAGAACCUGGAUGGAAUGAAACCAAGCUCCAAGUGAUGAAGAAGAAGCUGCGCAUCGUCACCCUUAUUGCCCAGAAGGGGAACUUCUCCAAAACCUCGGCUCAGUUUGUCUUGGGAAACCUUGUGGACAAGAUUGGGGAUGUAAUCUGCAGCAGUGACACCAAAGAAGCUCUGACUGCAGUGGCUGAAGCGUGUGGGUUGCCCUGGACAGCAGGAAAAGUCGCGGAAGCGGCCUUCUUGCUCGACAGCCCGAGGACCCACUCAGAAACCCUCAACUGGCUGUCUAGCGCCAUCAUGGACUUUGGCUUUGAUGGCUUGGAUGCCAAAAGCUUUAUGGGCUACAUUAAAUGUUCCCUGGAUGCAGCCCACCCAGAUGAGCGGGCCUCUGCCUUCCACCUCCUGGGUGUGAUGUACCUGUUUGUAGGAGCCCCGCUGAGGGCCUUCUUCAAGGAUGAAAAGCCAUCUCUGCUCUCCCAGAUCGAAGCAGAGUUUGAGAAGGUGAGCGGCCAGAGCCCUCCCCCUCCCACUCGAGGCCGGUGCAAGUUCUGCAGGGGUGGGGUGAAUGACCAGCGAGGAGGGGAUGCACAGGUCUGCCAGAGGAAUGAUGCUGUGGACAUCAGCAAGAAGUUCUCAACGGAUCUGAUCUCGAAGAUGCUAGAUACCAGCUGGAAGGUACGCAAGGAAGGUCUGGAGGAGGUUUCUCGGAUCCUCAGUGAGGUCAGUUCCAUCCAGCCGAGCAUCGGGGACCUUCCGGUUGCCUUGAAGUCUUGCUUGCAGGAUUCCAACAAAGCUCUUGUGAAGCAGACACUCCUUGUCCUCGAGCAGCUCGCGAGGGGCAUGGGCCCUGGCAUCCGCUAUCACGUCAAGACUCUGGGAAUGUCCAUCGUUGCCAUCCUGAGAGACAGCAAGAGCAGUCUGCGGGCAACAGCGCUCACGACCAUGGAAGCCUGGGCUGAGCAGACUGGCAUGAGGGAAUGGCUGGAAGGAGAAGAGCUCUCCCUAGAUCCCAAGAAGGAGAGUGUUUUCCAGAAGCAGGGGAUCCUGGGCUGGCUGGCUGAGAGGCUGCCUUCCACCAGUUCCAUCUCCACAGAUCUGCUUCGUUGUGUGCCUCACCUGUACUCGGCCUUGGAGGACCAUCACGAAGAAACAAGCAUGGCAGCGCAUGAAGCCCUGCCGUUCUUCCUUCUCCACCUUGGUUUUGAGAAGAUGUCUGAAGCUGCCAACAAACUGAAGCCAGCAUCCAGAGAUGAGGUGCUGUCACUGCUGGGAAAGAGUGCUGGUGAGCCAAGCAAGGCUGCUUUCAACUUCCCUAAGCCACUUUCAAAGCUCCCACGAGGCAAGUCUUGGGCCAAGUCAGGCUUGCUUCCUCCUCAGCAGUCCAGCACAGCCUCCUUCUCCACUGAAAACGUGGGGUCCAGCGAAAUGAGCUUGGACCUAAGAAAAGCCAAAUCGGAAGGAACGGUCCUCAAAGCUAAGAGACUACCAAACAUGCAGCUGCCAGGGAAACCGAGCAUGAAGGACGGCAGUAGCAAGCUGGGGCCCAUUUUCACCAUCGUUCCCAAGGCGAAAGAGCAGCGGAUGAAGGAUGAGAAGGCCCUGAAGGUGCUGAGAUGGAACUUCAGCACCCCGAGCAGCAAAUACGUUGAGCAGCUCAAAGCUCAGAUGUGCGGCUGCCUGUCGAAUUGGCUGCAGGAAGAGCUGUUCCACUCCAACUUCCAGCACCACAUCAGAGCACUGACAGUGAUGACCAAGCACCUGGAGGCCGAGAAGGAUGGCGUCAUCAGCUGCUUGGACCUCAUCCUGAAGUGGCUGAGCCUGCGGUUGUUCGACACCAACACAUGGGUGCUGAUGAAGACCCUGGAAUACCUCAAAAGGCUCUUCAGUCUGCUCAUCGAGGAGCGAUACCAGCUGAUGGAGAACGAGGCCUCCGCCUUCUUGCCUUAUCUCCUCCUGAAAAUGGGAGCAACUAAGGAGUCCAUCCUCAGAGAGGUGCGGGCAAUAGUGAAGCAGGCAACUCUGGUCUACCCGCCUUGCAAGGUUUUCUCUUUCCUCCUGGAGGGAGCCCAGGUCAAGAAUGCCAACCAGCGGGUGGGGUGCUUGAAGGAGCUGGCAUGGCUGCUGAGGACUUACGGUCCAGCCGUGUGCCAGCCAAACCCAAGCAAAGUGCUGAAGACCAUCAUCACCUUGACGGGAGAUUCAAACAAUGCUGUCCAUUGUGCUGCCUUGAAGGUCAUCGCCACUGCUCGGGAUGUGUAUGGAGUGGAGACGUUCAAGACCAUUGGGAAUAUAUCUGACAAACACAUGAGCUUAUUGGAGGAGAGGAUGAAAGAGGCAGAAGCCAAACCAAUCAGGGAAGAAAAAGCCGACCAGGAGGUCUUUAGCCUGGCUGCUUGGAUGGGGUCAGUAGAGGUCUCCAGGCUGAACCCUGGAACUGGCCAUCACACAGGAGAAGACUUCUGCAUUUCCCACAUGGACCGAGCUGAAGUAGAAUAUGCUGAUAGCACGGCCUUCUGCAGGAAUCCGAAGCAGGCUGAUAUCAGCCCCCAGUCUGUGCGCCUGGCGUCUCAGACGGGGAGCACCACUGUUCCCAACAUCAAUAUGGCCAUUUGCAACAUAGCUGGUGGCAACAUCAGCACCAGCACUGAAGCCCUGGUGCAGAUCCAAGAGAUUAUAAAGCAGGAGGGCAAAGUGGACCUGAUGUCUGGCCAUACGAACCAGUUGCUGAUAGCAACCAGCCAACAGCUGAAGUUCAUCCAUCGGCUCCACAUGACGUCUGAGGAGGAGAUGCGGAAGGAGCAGGUCAUUGAGCUGUACAGCUGUGUUGUUUGCAGCAUGGUCUCCCUCUUCCAGGUGGAGAGCCUGGCCCAGGAGGCCUCUGCUGGAGUGCUGAAGGACCUCCUGAGCAGCCUCAUCACCCUCUUGCUGGAUCCCCCCAUUGAAGACCUUCAAGAAGGGCGAGACAUCAUCCAGUCUGUCAGUCUCUUGAUAACUAAUGUGCUGGAGAAAUCAGACCUGACCAGACUUUUCCACUCUUUGCUUCUUCUGCUCCAAGAAGGCUUGGCGGCCAUGAAUCUCGUUGCCUUUUCUGAAAUGGUGGCCAAGUGUUUGUGGAAAGCUGUCAAACGCCUUCCACAAACCAUUAGCAGAGUCAGUCUGGAACAGAUCUUGCUGGACAUCCACAUCUUCUUGAAAGCAUGGCCUAAGGAGAAGCUGAAGCAAUACGAGAGCAGUUACCCAAUCCGGGCACUGAAGGUUCUUCUGCACACUCUUUGCAAGCUGAAGGGGGCUGAGAUCUUGGAUCACCUCACUCUGAUAGAGAACAAACAUGAGUCUGAGCUAGAGACCCACCUGCAGAAGAUUGUGAGGCAUUCAGUGGAGCUGGAUGUUGCAGAGAGCCACCAAGUUGCUUCUUGCCCCGCUGAGGACAGAACUGAUAACACACUGGCUGAGAUCUUCAGGAAGAUCAACUCCAAAGAAACUGCCAGGGUUGGCCUUGAGGAGCUCUAUGAAUACAAGGAGAAACAACCGGAGGCAGAUUUAGAACCCUUUCUGAAGAACGCCUCACUCCUUUUCCGGAGCUACGUCAAGCAUGGCUUGGCAGUUAUAACAUCAGAGAGAGAAAGCAAGCAGAAGAUUUCCUCACCUGCUGAGAAAGAAGCUUAG